AUGACUCUAGAACGUAUUACUGAUGAAGAAUUGUGGAAAGUAUUGCAAGAAAGUGAUGAUGAAGAAGACCUUGUGGAGGAAUUGGAGGAGUCUGGAUUGUAUGUAAACCACCAUAAUAAUUUAAGCAAACUUUGCAAUGUUAAGAUGAUUCCAUUAAAGGACAAUCAAGAUGUGGCAUCAUUCCUUGUCACAAAACAUUCAUGGAAGGGCAAGUACAAACGUGUGUUCUCAGUAGGCACUCAUGGGAUUACUACAUAUAAUCCUGAUCGUUUGGAGGUGACCAACAAGUGGUUAUAUGCUGACAUCAUAAAAGUUGCAUCAGCUAAACAUUCUAACUCUACAUCCAACCAUGACUUUACACUGAUAAUGAAGAAGGACAAAAAAAUGGAUUCGAUGAGAUUCUCAUCAGAACAUAAAUGUCUAAUAUUGACAGAGGCUUUUAAGUAUAGACAUUUGUUUGCAGAACCGUUAAAGGAUAUUUAUAGGUAUCAAGCAUAUAAACACCAUUGGAGUGGCACUAGGUUGCCUAUAGUUCUUGAAGUAGGACCAUGCUCACUGGAACAAUUGGACCCCUCAACACAUACAUUACUGGCCAGUUAUCCAUAUUGUGAUAUUCAAGGUAUUUUGCCAGUCCGUGAUGUACCAGGUGGAUUUGUUCUGGCUGUUGGAGGUUACAGCCGUCUGCAUCUUUUCUCCAAUACUAUGGAGCAUCAAGCUAUAAUAAGCAAAAUGCUUGAGAUGGCUAACUUGAGUCUCAAUAUAAGUAUCAAAGUAUUGAAAACAACAAUUACUCUGGAUGACUACCAUAAUCAGAGAUUUGGAAAAUAUUGCGGCGAUCAUCAUCAGACGUCAUUGAGCGAGUUUACGGUUCACAAAGUUAAUCCGGCCCGUCAUAUGGAGCCAAUGCGACGUACCCUCUGCCUUUCUGACACAUGUAUUCUAGAACGAGACCCACAAACAUAUUCGGUGGUGUGCUUGCGCCCACUGAGUGAUGUUUUCGCCCUGAUCCGAGAUCCUGAUCAUCCACAAAAGUUUGCUAUUGAAUAUCUAAAUGGACAAAUUCGUACCUACCUAGCAGGGGAAAGGGAUGCGUUAUUAGCCUCGCUGGUGGACGGCGUGCGGUCGAGCGGGCAGCGGGACGUGCACGUGCGCUCUACGCUGACGCCGCGCGGCUACAGGCUAGGCCCGCUGCACCAAGCUGUGGACGAGGAGACCGAGUCCAAUCAUCUCAGAUUGUUUCAGAAUCCAGUCGGCAUGUCGAGAGCUGAAGUGAUAGAACGGUUUAAUGCUAACAUUGGAUACAGUGGCUUGAUAUACUCCGUCAGCCAAGACGCCCGUCCCCUGUUGUGGCUGUUUCUUACAUGGGAUCUCAGAUUGUUUGCUGAAAACAAGGAGAAACUUAUCACAGGCGCGUUAACCGCAUUAGUAAGCAGCGCGCCAUCUGGAGCGGAUUUGACUCCGCGUGAGUUGGAGGCUCAGUUCCACGCAUUGAGGCGACUUUGCGCAAGCAAAGUUGGUUUUGCUGCCUUUACUGCGUUACCGGGGUUCCGCGAGUGGAUCGGCAGCGCGGUGGUGAGCGCUCUGCGGCGCGAGGUGGCGGGCUGCGCGCACGCGGCGCUUGAGGCCGUGUGCGCGCUCAUGCAGCCCAUGCACCUGGACCCCGACCUGCGCCAGGAGCAGCUCAACAAGGCCAGCAUGCUAUCCUCGCCCGCCUUCCUCGAGGGCCUGCUCGCCAUGUGGGCGGAACACGUCACUUCGGGUAGCGGUGCAUUGGUGGUGGCGGCGAUGUUGGAUUUCCUGACAUUCGCGCUGUGUGUGCCGUACAGCGAAACAACGGAUGGAAAGCAAUUCGAUCAGCUUUUAGAAAUGGUUGCUAAUAGAGGGCGAGUCAUCUUCAAAUUGUUCGAGCACCCGUCACUGGCGAUCGUGAAGGGCGCGGGGCUAGUGACGCGCGCGCUGGUGGAGGAGGGCGCGGGGCGCGUGGGCGCGCGCAUGCAGGCGCUGGCGCUGGCCGAGGCCGCGCUGCCGCGCCAUCUGCUGGCCGCGCUGUACGCGCCCCAAGUGCCGCAGCCCGCGCGCCUGCACCUGCGUCACCUGGCGCGCCACCUUGUCGCGCUCUGGCUCGUCGACCACGCGCCCGCGCAUGACCUGCUGCGCCGCAUCAUGCCAUCCGGGCUGCUAGCGUUCCUGGAGAGCGAGGAGGCGCCGCCGGCGAGCGCGCAGCUGGAGCAGGAGCAGGCGGCGCAGCGCGAGCGCGACAACCUGCAGCUGGCGCAGGCCACGCUGCGCACGCGCGCCCCGCACUGGGACGCGAUCGAGCGACAGCUCAAGCACGUCGAGAAGCACAUUGAGGCGCGACGGGCGCGGGCGGGGGGCGCGGGUGCGGGUGCAGGGGGCGUCGCGGGCGCGGAGCGGCGCGAGCGGCCCGUGCUGCUGCGGCGCCGCCGCGAGCGCCUCAAGUCCACCGCUAACUGGCCGCUCUUCUACUACCAGUUCCAUCGCGACCACGCGCUGCCCAACCUCAUAUGGAACCACACCACUCGUGAAGAACUCCGCAACGCCUUAGAGAACGAACUUCGUGCAUUUACAUCGGACCGUGAGGUUGCUGGCAACACGCUAACAUCAUGGAACCACGCGGAGUUGGAAGUACACUACCAGUGCUUACAGAACGAAGUCAAAAUCGGUGACUAUUACCUCAGGAUAUUGCUCGAGCAAAGAGAUAACGAUGACAGUCCUAUACGCAAGUCUUAUGAAUUUUUCAAUGACCUCUACCACCGUUUUCUAUCAACACCGAAGGUCGAAAUGAAAUGCAUGUGUCUUCAGGCUAUGACUAUUGUGUACGGAAGAUAUUAUGAAGAUAUUGGUCCAUUCGCCGAUACUAAAUAUAUUGUUCAAAUGUUAGAUAGGACGUGCGACAGGAUGGAGAGAGAUAGACUAGUUCAGUUCCUAGCAAAGUUAAUAUUACAUAAGAAGAAUGUUAGUGAAAUAUUAGAAUGGAAUGGUGUAAGGAUCCUGGUUGAGCUGAUGACGCUGGCGCACCUGCACACGGCGCGCGCCACGGUGCCGGCGCAGGGCAACGUGCUGGAGGCUGCGCGGCCCGGAGACGCGCCCGCGCCCGCGUUGCGCGAGUGGUACUACAACCUGGAGCUGCCCGACAAGCUGCACCGCAAGGGGCCCGUCAGUCUGCAAGAGCUGAAGGAGCUGUACAAGUCGGGCGAGAUCAACAACAAGACGAAGUGCUGGGCGAACAGCAUGGAGGGCUGGCGGGCACUAAGCAGCGUGCCGCAGCUCAAGUGGACGCUGGUGGCGCGCGGCGCGCCCGUGCUGGACGAGAGCGCGCUCGCCGCCACCGUGCUCGACCUCCUCAUCACCUGCGCGCGCUACUACCCCAGCAGAGAUGAAGAAGAUGCAGUGAUAAGACCACUGCCACGAGUAAAACGAAUAUUAUCCGAACCAUCUUGUUUAGCCCACGUGGUACAACUCUUGUUAACAUUUGAUCCUAUUCUCGUUGAAAAGGUGGCAACAUUGUUGUAUGAAGUAAUGCAAGACAAUCCAGAAAUAUCAAAAUUAUAUUUAACAGGCGUAUUUUACUUUAUGUUAUUGUAUACGGGCUCUAAUCUUUUACCGAUUGCGAGGUUUCUACGACUCACACAUAUGAAGCAGGCGUUUAGAGCUGAUCAGUCUAGUUCGGACAUAAUGCAGCGGUCCAUAUUAGGACAAUUGCUACCGGAAGCAAUGGUAUGCUACUUGGAAAAUCAUGGAGCUGAAAAGUUUGCACAAAUAUUCCUUGGAGAGUGGGAUACACCUGAGGCCAUCUGGAACAAUGAAAUGAGGCGCAUGCUGAUAAUGAAGGUGUCGGCGCACAUCGGCGAGUUCACGCCGCGGCUGCGCGCGCACGUGGCGGCGCGCUACCCGUACCUGGCCAUCCCGGCCGUCCGCUACCCGCAGCUGCAGCGCGAGCUCUUCUGCAACAUGUUCUACCUGCGCCACCUGUGCGACACGGCGCGCUUCCCCGACUGGCCCGUGCCUGACCCGGUUGGUCUCCUAAAGGACGUGCUAGAGGCGUGGCGUCGAGAAGUAGAAAAGAAGGCGCCGUCCAUGACAGUGAGCGACGCCUACGCUGUGCUGGGUUUGGAUGCUGGCUCUCACGAUGAGGCAGCCGUGCGUAAAGCAUAUUACCGCCUCGCACACCAGUACCACCCUGAUAAGAACCCCGAGGGACGGGAUCGUUUUGAAGCGGUCAACCAAGCGUAUGAGUUUCUAUGCAGCAGAAAUGCAUGGACCGGUGACGGGCCUAAUACAAACAAUAUUCUUCUUAUCCUGCGGACGCAGACUAUAUUAUUCGAAAGAUAUUCUGAUGUGCUGGAGCCGUACAAGUACGCGGGCUAUCCGCAGCUGCUAAGCACUGCGCGGCUGGAGGUGGAGUCGGAGCAGCUGUUCAGCGAGAGUGACGCCGCGCUGCUGCCCGCCGCCUGCCAGCUGGCGCUCGCCACCGUGCGUUGCUCCGCGCUCAACGCGGAGGAGCUGCGUCGCGAGGGUGGCCUGGAGGUGCUGCACGGUGCGCUGGCGCGGUGCGGCGCGGUGCUGGGCGCGGCGGGGCGCGUGGCGGGCGCCGUGUGCGCGGCCACCGCGCGCUGCUUCGCCGUGGCCGCCGGCUUCCCCGCCGGCCGCUGCGCCUGCGCCGCGCUGCCCGCGCUCUCCGCGCACCUCGUGCCGCUGCUGCGCCGCCCGCAAUUGGGCGAUUGCGCGUGCGCGGGCGCGGAGGCGGUGGCGGCGCUGGCGGCGGAGGCGGCGCUCCGCGCGCAGCUGGCACGCGCCGGCGCGCUGCUCGCGCUGCUGCCGCACACGCUGCGCUACGACUACACGCUGGCCGAGUCCGGCCUGCCCACGGAAGGCGAGAACAAACAGGUGGUGGCCAAUCAGUUAGCAGUCCAGUGUGUGACAGCUCUGAGUGCAAUGUAUGGGCCGCAUGAAGAAAAUACACCGGAAGACGAGCGCGUUCGCGAAGCAUUGCACUUAUUGCUUACUCCAUACUUGUGUGCGCGACUGUCACAGCCCGAUAGGCAUGAGCUCCUAAAAAUUCUGACGUCGAAUUGGCGUACGCCUUACCUCGUAUGGGACAAUAGUACACGCGCCGAGCUGAAGGAACUGCUGUCUCAGUGGCGUUCGCUGGAAGAUGAUGAGCCGCUUGUGGAUCCCGGUUUUAAAUACACGGCACAUGAGGGAUUGUUGCCCGUGGGUAACGUCUAUCUAGAUAUCUACAAUGAGCAGCCCGACUUCCCGAUCGAGAAUCCUCAGCAGUUUGUGAUAGAUUUACUCAAAUUUAUUGAAGAACAAACUCAAAACGAAAUGACUGACGAAAGAGUCGAACACAUCACAUUAGCGCUUAAUGCUUUAGCAAACGUCAUCAUCAAAAAUCCGGGAGUGGAGAUUCAGUGCAUCGGCUCGUUCGGACUGAUCUUUGGGCUGAUCUCUGGGCGCGCGUGGGGGCCGAUGCGCGCGGCUGCGCUGCGUGCGGCACAGGCGGCGAGUGGCGUACGCGAGUGCGUGGAGGACGUGGCGGCGGCCGGCGUGCUAGGGCACCUGCUGCCGCUGCUGGGCGAGCGCGCGCCGCCGCCUGAUGCGCUGCCCGCACUCGCCGCGCUGCUCGCCAGCACCACGCUCGUGCGCGAGGCGCUCGCCAAGGGUACGUGUCGCUGUGUGUGUGCAUGUGCACUGUGUGCAGCGCGUGGCUGUGGCCGGCGUGCUGAGGCACCUGCUGCCGCUACUGGGCGAGCGCGCGCCGCCGCCCGGUGCGCUGCCCGCACUCGUGCUGCUCGCCAGCACCACGCUCGUGCGCUAGGCGCUCGCCAAGGGUACGUGUCGCGGUGUGUGUGCACGUGCAGUGCGUGCAGCACGUGGCGGCGGUCGGCGUGCUUGGGCACCUGCUGCCGCUGCUGGGCGAGCGCGCUCCGUCGCCCACCGCCCGCCAUGCUGCUCACUGGCACCGCGCUCGUGCGCGAGGCGCUCGUCAAGGGUGCUGUGAUAUACCUUUUGGAUCUAUUUUGCAACAGUAAAAUACCAGAAACAAGAGAAGCUGCCGCGGAAUUGUUGGCUCGAAUGAUGUCCGAUAAAUUGCAUGGACCUAAGGUGCGGCUGACGAUAUCGCGAUAUAUGCCGGGCGUGUUUGCGGACGCGAUGCGCGAAUCGUGCAGCGUGGCGGCGCAGUCCUUCGACGCGACGCACGAGCACCCCGAGCUGGUGUGGGGCGACGACGCGCGCCGCCGUGUGCAGGCUCACGUCGCGGCGCUGCGUGACAGGCACCUAGCCAACCAGUUGCGGGAUCCUAAUGUAUUGUUCGAGGAUCGGGAGACGUUAGAGCGGGUGGCAAACGGUGAGGAAGUAUGGGCACCACCGGGCGAGGUGGUGGUGGGCGGCGUGUACCUCAAGCUGUUCCUACAGAACCCAAACUGGAGCCUGCGGAGCCCUAAAAAAUUCCUGCAAGAGCUGCUCACUGAGACGCUCACCUCGCUCAACAAGGAUUCUUCGGAUGUGCGCGGCGGACGCGGGGAGACGUGCGCGCGCGCAUUAGCAGCGCUGGUUCGCGCGCGGCCGGCGCUGUGCGAGGCGUGCGCGCAGCUGGGCGAGCUUCCCCGCCUGGCGCGCCUGCUGCCCGCGCGCCCGCGCGCCGCCGUGCCGCUGCUCGCCGCGCUCGCGCCCUCGCACGCUUGCGUUGCGGCCUUAACACAAACGGAAGUUAUGUCUGGGUUGAAGACUGCGGUGAAAACAUGCCAAGAAGUUACAAGCAGUGCUUGCGAGGCGCUCGCUACUAUUUUCGAUAACAGCAAUGCAAACACUGAUAAAUUAGUUUUACAGGCUUUAGAAAGCGAUCUGAUCGGAGAGUUGCUUGUGUUGCUGGAGACCCGGCUGGAAGGGCAGGUGACGGCGCAGCUGGUGAACGCGUUGAAGGGAAUGUCGCGGUCAGCCGCGCACGGCGAGCGCGUGCGCGCGCUGCUGGGCCGCAGCCGCGUAUGGCAGCAGUACGCCGCGCAACGCCACGACCUGUUCCUGUCCUCCGCGCCGCAGCAUGGCGCACUGGCAGGUGGGGCACUUGCUUUGACAGAGCGUGUGGCAACAGUACGCCGAGUAGCACCACGACCUGUUUCUGUCUUCCGCGCCGCAGCACAGUGCACUGGCAGAGCGUAUGGCAGCAGUACGCCGCGCAGCGCCACGACCUGUUCCUGUCCUCCGCGCCGCAGCACGGCGCACUGGCAGGUGGGGCACGUGCACUGGACAGAGCGUGUGGCAUCAGUACGCAGUGCAGCGCCACGAACUGUUCCUGUCCUCCGCGCCGCAGCACGGCGCACUGGCAGGUGGGGCACGUGCACUGGACAGAGCGUGUGGCAGCAGUACGCAGCGCAGCGCCAUGACCUGUUCCUGUCCUCCGCGCCGCAGCACGGCGCACUGGCAGGUGGGGCACGUGCACUGGACAGAGCGUGUGGUAGCAGUACGCAGCGCAGCGCCAUGACCUGUUCCUGUCCUCCGCGCCGCAGCACGGCGCACUGGCAGGUGGGGUACAUGCACUGA